ACUCAACACGAAACCAAGCCCAUACAAGCUGUUCCCACUAACCCUAUAGUGGACCCAUUUGCUGCUAUUCCACUAAACAAUUUGGACAGCUCUUAUCCUUUUGGCUUAUUCACUUUCAGUUCUGAUUCAACAUCAGCAGGACCUUCCCAAAACCCUGUCAAUGAUUCCAACAUGAGUGACUCAAGUAAGAAGGCUUCAGCUGUCUCAAAUCCACAACCAAAGAAGGACGCAUUCCAUGUCAAGUCUGGAAUUUGGGCAGAUUCCCUCAGCCGUGGACUGAUUGAUCUUAAUAUAUCUGCUCCCAAGAAGGUUUCACUUGCAGAUGUGGAUGUAGUUGGUGGGUUAAGUGAUGGUUCGGAUGAAAGGGAAAGGGGUCCCCCAACUUCAUUUUACAUGGGAAGAGCCGUGGGUACAGGGACUGGUCUUGGUAUGUCAGGUUUUACAUCAUCACAAGCGACCAGUGGAGACGACUUCUCAAGCUUUGCUAGACAAUCUCAAUAUGGUAGCUUCAAGAAAUAAUUCGUCCAUUUUUUCCCUUUUCUUGUUUGACUUCUCAUUUUUUUUGUCUUGAGUAUUCACCAAAAGUAUAUUGUCUCAAGAGAAACGGUUUGGGGUUUCUUCUGUACGGACACCGAACAGCAUUUCUGGUAUGAUGUUGUAAGUAUUAAGAGUCGAUGAAUGCCGUGGAAAGGUAACUUGUGUGAAUUGGAUGGUUGUUGAGUUCUGUGGGCCAUUAGUUUUAUGGAGCAACUAUAGUGUUCGAGUUUAAUGGUGCUCUGUUCAGUUUCAACCCAGUAGAGGAAUGUGAUAGUAAAUUAGAGGUUUGCAAUAAAAUGAGAAUAUAAGCCUGGACAUUU